AUGUUGUUUUUUGAAAACCACUCCAUCAAUUCUCAUUCCUUCACUCCUGAAUCCGAACCGUAUCUUCCUAGCUAUCCCGAGGCAGCAAGAACAUCACCUCCACGAUACUCUAGGGCCAUUCUUCCGCAAGAAGAUUCAGUAUGUCUUCUUCCACCAGCGUACGCAAGAAUCACUAGCCAUGAUGCUCAAUACAAGGAUGGUGAUGACGAGCUACCACAUCGCAACACUGCAGCAUGGGCGUUAAUAUGUGGACUAGUGAUACUAAUUACACUUGGUGUGAUCUUUGCCACGAUAUCUUUCUUAAUAGGAAGACAAGAAACAGUGCCAGAUUCCAUAGGCGCCGUGUAUUACAUUCUCAUGGGUACUGCGUUUUCAAUCCUUCUUUUUGUUACUGUUGCUAUGGUUUAG